UUACACAGCCACAAAAAAACAAGGAAAAACAGCAGCAGAGGAAGCCACGCCAUCACAUCCGGUGACGGAGAAAUUUCAGUCGCCAGGCGCGAAGGAAAGCUUGCUUUGGUUUAGUCACAAACAAUAAAAGAGAACAAGGCAUUUCUGAUGUGCACGCCAGCAGACAGUGACGAUAUAAUCAUCCUGAGUAGUGAUGAUGACGAUGAUCAUAAGGAUGACAGAGACAUGUCCUGCCUCAUCGUGGAGGUGGAGAAUGUGAAGGAAAAAGACUGCGUGUCCUCUCCCAGCACUCUGGAGGAAGACCUGGUCGUGACCUUCUCCCGCCACGCUGAUGUGCUGCCUCAUGCUCGCUACGACUGUCCCAUACACCCUUUUACGCCUACAGAGUUGGAGACUAAAAUGCCAGUAGACAGUAACCAGCUCAUUUGUGAUCAGUGCUUCUGCUACGUCUGCGAUAAGCUGGCAUCAUUGUGUGAAACGUGGUGCGUGAGUGGCAUUUGUCACUGCAACAGCCACAAGAGGAGCGCCUUCUGGAGCAACCUCAGAAACCAUAAACUGCUGGGAGGACUGACUGCUUUCAACCUCACCCUGUCAGAAAUGGACUCCCACCUCCGACAAGCAGCGACGUUGCUGCAGCAGUUCAGACAAGAGCUCUCUGCGCUCUACUCGUCCUACAUGAAAGGCGAGGCACUGAAGGAGUAUGGUCUGAGUCAAGAGAACCAACAAGGCUUCAUCUACAAUUACUCACCGGUGUUUGAGUUUGUGUCUUCGUUCCUGAACCAGGCAGAUCAACAGGACAGCAGAGCGGCAGUCAUCAUGAGCCUGGGGGCUGCUGAGGACUUUAUUAGACAUUUCCAUUUCUCAGGGGGUUUCAUCUUUGCUUCUCCAAUGGCUAAUGUUGAUACAGCUAAAAUGAUGUUACUGCAGAGGGUAAUAGCAUUCGUACAGAGACAGAUGGUGAUGGCUAAUUUUACUCCAGACUUCAUUAACAAACUACAGGAUUUUUGCAAGAAACUGCAUUUCCCAGCUGAGCUGAAGAACAUGAGAAACAGCCUGUGUGUUCGUCCCUGGAACGACGUCCUGCUCGUGUCUGUGAUGAAGGGGCAGAACGUGUCAGGCGUGCGUAAGGACAAAGGCAAGAAAGACGUCCUGGCUGAACAGAUUUCUGUGAUUCUGCUGAGGACGGAGCUACUGCAGCGUCAGCACAGGUACAGAGAGCUGUGCCGAUAUCUACGAGUCGUCCAGACAGACGACAUCGCACAGUUCCAGCAGAUACAAGACCUCAUCCCCUACUUCAUGUGCAUGGCUGGAGACUUUUCAUCAGCUCUCACAAGUUUGUUCCCCUCGGUGAACGCUCCCGCUUCCCGCUUUACUCCGGACCUCUUCCUCUUUUAUCUCAAAGUCUUUGAAACAGCGACUGCACCAAAGCUGACACCAGUCAGUAAACCAGGCAAGCUCUGCUGUCCUGGUGCAGCGUGGGAGUCUAUUAAAGAUGCUGUGCCGCUGAAACGUCAUGAGCUGGUGAGGUUCGCUCUCAGGGCUCAGGGAUGCUGCAGUGCUGUAUACGCUGAUUCUCGGUGUUGGACCAGUUUGCUCACGAUUGUCAACAAGCCUUGCGGUUCACUCACUGCUUUACCCAUGCCCAGUCUGCAGUUUCUGCAGGAAGCACGGGAUGUUGUGAAAGAGAUAUUGCUUGAUCAGAAGGGCUCCAAUAUGCAGAUCCCACGAUCCUUGCAUGAGGUGUAUCCAGAUCAGGCCUUGCUCCUGUUGGUGACAGAAGCUUUGAGCCAAAGAAUCCUCGAUUCCGUUUUGUAUCCGAUCCUACCUGUGCUCAACACCUUUAAGUGCAUCCUGAUUGCACAGACUUGCCCCCAGCAGAGCUACAGAAGUCUUAAACACUGUUUACAGCACUGUUACCUUCCACAAAGGAUUAAAUACUGCAGAGAGUCACCAGCGUCUUACAGAUGUCCGACUGUACCUGCGUCCUCACACCAGCUCACGUUCUUACAAUGCACAUACAUCUGUUAUUCACCAUCUGAAUGCAAGAGACUUGAUAUUAAUUCACCUUUUUAAUGUUCAUAAAAAUGUUAAUAUGUUACACUGAUAAAUAAAAACAGUUUUAUGCAUCAGUUUGCUGAAUCACUGCUUGAAUGUAAAAUGACUUUGUCUACACAGCAAGAUAAACAACAGUACAGUGUUAAAGAGAAGGAUGUUGCUCUGUCAUUUUAUAAAGGCACUUUAUGGUUUCAAAUCGUGUGCUGUGUCCAACAAAUCACACAGUUGGAUUAGCGGGCUUUUAUGGAGUUCUAGUUACCACAGUAACUGAUGGUGUAAUGUGUACUUUUAUAGACAAGUCAGGAUUUUUUACAAGAAGUUAUAAUUUUUUAAUUCUAAGGAAAUCUGUGGUUCCUGGUGCAGAAUUGAAUCUGCACCCACACUGGCACUACUACAGUGGAAAAGAGGUACCUGAACCACAUCAAUUUAAAAAAAAAAAAAAA